CCCUCCCACUCCCCUUCCCCUGUCUUCCACCUCCCUCGGGUGCACGGCUACCAUGGCGUCCAGCGAGGAGGACGGCACCAACGGCGGCGCCUCGGAAGCGGGCGAGGAGAAGGAGGCCACCGGCAAGAGGAGGCGCCUCGGCUUGUUGGCCACUGUCUGGCUCACCUCCUACAACAUCAUUUUACCUGACUUCUUGUCACACCUCAUAGGAACGUACAUCCCUGCUUUCCCCUCAGUGUGUGCUGAGGAGGAGUGGAAGUGCCCAGAGGAGAAGCACAAGCCUCCAUCUUCUUCCGUUGACCUUGUUGACCAUGUUCAUCGUAUUCAAUCAGUAGUUCCUUUGUGGGGAAUCUUUAAAACCAUUUGUCCUUUUUAUGAGUAUUCUUUAAUUAAAAAGUUAAAGCCAUAUAAUAAUGUUAUCAUUCAUAAACCCAUGUGGUUGGUUUUAGCUAUUGCCAUGGUACGUUUUUAUAUGGAAAAAGGAACACACAAAGGUUUAUAUAAAAGUAUUCAGAAGACACUUAAAUUUUUCCAGACAUUUGCCUUGCUUGAGAUAGUCCACUGUUUAAUUGGAAUUGUACCUACUUCUGUGAUUGUGGCUGGGGUCCAAGUGAGUUCAAGAAUCUUUAUGGUGUGGCUCAUUACUCACAGUAUAAAACCAAUCCAGAAUGAGGAGAGCGUGGUGCUUUUUCUGGUCGUGUGGACUGUGACAGAGAUCACUCGCUAUUCCUUCUACACAUUCAGUCUUCUCGACCACUUGCCAUACUUCAUUAAAUGGGCCAGAUAUAAUUUUUUUAUCAUCUUAUAUCCCGUCGGAGUUGUUGGUGAACUUCUUACAAUAUAUGCUGCCUUACCAUAUGUGAAGAAGACGGGCAUGUUUUCGAUAAGACUUCCUAAUAAAUACAAUGUCUCUUUUGACUACUACUAUUUUCUUCUUAUAACCAUGGCCUCAUAUAUACCAUUGUUCCCACAACUCUAUUUUUAUAUGUUACGCCAAAGAAGAAAGGUGCUUCACGGAGAGGUGAUUGUAGAAAAGGAAGAUUAAAUGAUGCCCGUUAACAAGGUGCUUUUUCCAGAAUAACCAGGAUUACUUGAGUCCAAGUUUUAAUAACAAGAAUAAACAACUUUAUGAAAUACUACAGAUUGU